UAAGUACGACGGCAAAUGCGUCAUCGACAAAGUCACCCGCAACCAGUGCCAGGAAUGCCGCUUCAAGAAGUGCAUCGCCGUUGGCAUGGCGACAGACUUGGUCCUGGAUGACAGCAAGCGUCUGGCGAAGCGGGAGCUGAUCAAGGAGAACCGUGAGCGGCGGAAGCGCGAGGAGCUCCUGAGGGUGGCGUGGGACCGUCCGGAGCCCACGCCGGAGGAGUGGGAGCUGAUCCGCGUGGUCACAGACGCCCACAUGGCCACCAACGCCCAGGGCAACCACUGGAACCAAAGGAGGAAGUUCUUGGUGGAAGAAGCUACGCUACUGAAUGAGAUAACAAGUAAUUUAUUCUAUGCUUCUGACCAGAGUGCAGUGGGGGUGAAAGACUCAAAGCUCGAAGACAUUGGCCAAGCACCGGUCGUCAACACCAUGGAGCGAAGUAAAGUGGACAUAGAGGCCUUCAGUCAGUUUACAAAAAUAAUCACCCCCGCCAUCACACGCGUGGUGGACUUCGCCAAAAAACUGCCUAUGUUCUGUGAGCUGCCUUGUGAGGACCAGAUCAUCCUGCUAAAAGGCUGCUGUAUGGAGAUCAUGUCUCUGCGGGCGGCGGUGCGCUACGACCCUGAGAGCGGGACGCUGACGCUGAAUGGCGAGAUGGCUGUGACGCGCGGCCAGCUCAAGAAUGGGGGCCUGGGCGUGGUGUCUGACGCCAUCUUCGACCUGGGCAUGUCCCUGUCCUCCUUCAACCUGGACGACUCGGAAGUGGCCCUGCUGCAGGCCAUUAUCCUCCUCUCUUCUGAUCGUCCAGGCCUGACCAGUGUGGACCGUAUCGAGCGCUGUCAGGAGGGCUUCCUGCAGGCCUUUGAGCACUACAUCAACUACCGCAAGCACAAGGUUCCACACUUCUGGCCCAAGCUGCUGAUGAAGUUGACAGACCUGCGCAUGAUCGGGGCCUGCCACGCCAGCCACUUCCUGCACAUGAAGGUUGAGUGCCCCAACGAGCACUUCCCCCCACUCUUCCUGGAGGUCUUCGAGGACUGACACACACUCUUACACACACACUCACACACACACACCCCAACUCACUCACCUUACUACCUGGAGGUAUUCGAAGACAGGAGGACACACACACACACACACAUACUCCCCUCCGCUAGUGUGCCAGGAGACAGAGGGGGUGUGUAGGACACUGAAAGGUCUCUCUGGACACAUUUGAACUCUGAACUCAAGGAGGCACUACUGACAAGUCGUUGUCAUUCCGUAGACAAACAAGGAGAGUAGCCUUUUGUUUUGUUUCGUUCUCUUUUCUGGAUGGAACAGUUCCUCACGAUGCGGGUACAUGUGAAUAGUGUUGUUUGUCUGUUUAUUCGUUUGAUGUUUAUUUGGGGUUUUUGUUUUUUAAAGGUGUCUCUCACCUCUCAGUCACCAUAGAAUGUGUGUCUAGACACAAGAUGACCCAACCACACACACACACACACAGCUGCACACACACACACACACCGGACAGCUGAUGAGUCAGUACACAAACACACACACACACACACACACACACACACACACACACACACACUGGACAGCUGAUGAGUCAGUACACAAACACACACACUCACACAUACACACACAGAGGAUAGCUGGAGUAUGGCAAAAUGACCUCUCCUCACCCAGGGACGUUGUGUAAGCCAAAAUUCUGGGGGGGCACAAUCAGGGACGUUACAAUUGUUUUCAUUUUGAAAUUCUGGCUGGUACCAUUUCAAAUCAGUUUGGGAGGGACAGAAAUACCUUAAA